CAUCAAUACUCACAUUAGACAAAAACACUGCUGAAAAAGUUCUAUAACGAAAAAAGAAAAGAAAAAACACUUACUGUAUCGGCCUUCUAUGGUAAUCAGUUCUACUUGGGGGAAGCCAUGAAAACAAAAAAGUUUUGACGGUACAGGCGACUUCGACGGAGUACGCGACGGAUUGGGCACGAGUGUGCCUGCCUGGGUUGGCAAAGGAGCAGCCGACUUCGUCGGGGUUUGCCACAUUGCAGGUUCAAUUUGGGUUUCUAAAGCGUGACGUCUCUCUCUCACUCCCAGGUGAAUGUGCAGAGAGCCAUAGAGCUUUUGGAGAAUGCGAUUGUGCUAAACCAUUGAGGGAAGUGGUAGAGAGAAAAUGAUAGAGCCCAUUGUGUGGAUGGAGGAAUAUACAGGUGUUGGGUUUGGACAACCGAGUCCAGCAUUAAGAAAAAGAAAGAGAAUAGAGUUUUCAGGGUGGGGUUCAACAGCCUUAAUUGCAUUCUUGCAAUCCAUUGGAAGAGACACUACUCAUCCAAUCUCUCAGUCCGAUGUUACUAACAUUGUCAAUGAUUAUGUGGAGAAGAAUCUACCCUCCUCAACCACAAGUAUCAUGCUUGAUAACGGGAAGAAAAAGAAGAAGAAGAAUAAGAAAAAGGUUGUUUGUGAUGACAAGCUUCGAUCACUUUUUGGUAAAAAAUCCAUUAGCAGAAUUAUGAUUCAUAAGUUGUUAGAACCCCAUUUGGCUGCAGAUCAACUUGAUUCUGAUGACGACGAUGCAAUUGAUUACCUUUCUUAUGCCAAUGGAGAAGAGGGAGUUAGAGAUGAAAAACGAGAAAGAUCUUAUCGCCCCAAGAGAUUGAUUGUGGAAAUGUCUGCUCCUAAGUCUAACCUUAAAAGUUUCUUUGCCGCUGUCAUUCCUGAAAAUAUAAAGCUUGUUUAUUUGAAAAGAAGUUUGAUUGAGGAUAUUCUGGAGGAGAAGGAGAAGGAGAAGAAGGGUGAGCCUUCAACUUUCAAAACAAAAGUUGUGGGAAGCUUUGUAAGGACCAAAUCUGACCCUAAUGACUACCUUCAGAAACAUUCUCACUGUCUACUCCAAGUUUUAGGUGUGAGGUUCUCUGAAACCGAUGACAACAAUACCAGUAAAACUUUUUUUCAAGUUUCUGGUUUUAUAAAAGAUGUCCCUCUAUCUCUGCUUUCUGAUGAUGAUUUCUCCAAGGAAGAAUGUGAGGAUUUGCAUCAAAGAAUAAAAGAUGGAAUGCUCAAGAGGCCUACAGUGGAGGAACUACAACAGAAGGCCCAGAUAUUGCACGAGGACAUGACAAAGCAUUGGCUUGCCAGAGAACUUGCUUUGCUAAGAAAUCUAAUUGAUCGAGCUAAUGAAAAAGGACGGCGCAGAGAGCUGUCUGAGUACCUAGAAAGAAGGGAACUACUGCAGACACCAGAUGAACAGUCAAAACUAUUUCAGGAACUUCCCAAAGUAAUUGCAGAAGAUAUAGAACCUGAAAUUGAUCCACAGCAUAGUCCAGAAGAAGUAAAACAAGCAAAUGAUAGUUCACCUGGAUCAAUCCUCCCAGGACCUAAGGAAGCUCAUAUUUUUGAUUCUCGAGAAGAUGAAAUAGAAGACGAAUGCGAAGAUGAAUUUGAAUUAACUUGGGCCAUAGAUGACAUAAUUUCUGAAGGGUCUGGUAAGCCUGCAAAAAAGGAGCAUGGCAAUUCCUUGCAAGAGUCACAAAAGGAGGAGCAAAAAUUGCAGGAGCCAACAAAAUCGAGCAUAGAAAGCCGUGGUGAAAUUGAAGCACAAAUUGAGUGUGUACCACUGCCAGAAAAGAAGCUUUCUCAUGGAGUAAAAGAGAAAGUGGUGAUUGAUUUGAGCGAUGAAGAUGAAGUACCGGCUCCGGCUCCAAAGAAGCUUUCCGUUGAUGAAAGUUCGAUGUGGCAUUACUUAGAUCCCCAGGGAGAGAUACAAGGCCCUUUCACAAUUUCAUUAUUAAAAAACUGGAGUGAUGCUGACUUCUUUCCUCCAGAUUUUAAGAUUUGGAAAGAAGGUGAGAGCCCAAAGGAAGCUGUACAAUUGAAGUUGGUUCUUAAACAGGCUUUUCCAAAUUAAUUGUAGCGAACCAGCUUUGCUUUUUGAAUGGUUAAGUGCUUAAUCUGUACCUUCUGAGUUUUGUCAUUCACCAAACAAAAAUAAAAAUAAAAUAAUAAAUAGUUGUAUCUGAAUUAAA